AUGAAUAACAGUGAAAAUAAAGAAAUUGAUUCGAUUCUAUACAUGCUAAAGCCCUUAAUAGUGAUUGAAAAUUGGUUUGGAAAAUUUAGAUACCGAAAAGUAAAUGGCCAAAUAACAAUAUUAAGUAGACGAAUGAAGUUGUACGGAAUUUUUGUUGUGCUUCUUUUAAUUAUACCAUAUCUCGUAUUCUUUAUUAAUGUUUUAUUGAGCACCGAUAUGUCCAUCACUCAGAAUGUUGUAGAUCUAGUGGACGAACUUGUGACUGUGAUUAUGAUCGUGCAACAUGUAAUCUCAAUGGCAAUUUUUUUAAGUUAUAGCAAAAAUAAUAUACAGAUUAUCAAAGAAAUUGCCCAUAUAGAUGAUAUUUUAAGAAGAACAAACGAUAAAGAGAGCUACAAAAAAUCUCGAAAGCGACUCCAAAUUCAAAUAUUUCUAUUUUUGACGGAUAUUAAAAUAAAAUAUCUAGCAGAAGCAUAUGAUAUAAUAGGUGAAACUAAUGUACUUAUCAAUAAAGUUUUCCAAUUUCAUGUUUUCAAAAGUCUUUCGUCAACGUUCAUCUAUAUUAUAAUUAUAAUAUGGACUUCGAUUUAUUAUUUGCGUAUAUCAAAUAAUCCUGAAUUUCGUCCUCGCAUUAUUUUAUUUUGUAUUUUAGAAAUAAUGUCUAUCUGUAUAAUGUCGUAUGUGUGUGAAUCAAUGCUUUUGAAACGCAACUCUAUCAAAAUUUUGUUAAAUGAAAUCAUUAUGGAUUACGACCUUCCGACAACAUUGAGAAUUGAAGCUAAAGCUUUUACAGAUCUGAUACAAGUCUGGCCAUUGCACAUAUUAGUAUACGAUAUGUAUUCUAUAGAUAUAAAGCUCAUUGUAAAGUUUAUAAGUGUUUCAACUACAUAUCUAAUAAUUAUAAUUCAAUUGUCUCACUUCAUUUAA